UUUAAAUUGAUGGUUGACAUGUUGACUGAGUCUUUUCGGACUGGAGAGUUUUCUUCUACAUUUCUUGGCUAACGGGUUCGUUUGUGCAUGACACUGCCAGGAAAAGGAAGAAGUGCUAGAAAACUUUGUUUUGUACGACAAUGGAAGAUUCACCAAAUCCCAGUCCUACACCAAUCUCACCCUCUUCAGGAUCAUCACGAAAAAGAAAAUUAUCUCAGAGAUCUCGAUCUCAAUCUUGUGAUAGUGAUGACAGUUACAGUACCAAUGACUCUCGAUCUCAAUCUCAUGAAAGAGGGAAUAGUUACAGAUCUGAUGUUUCCAAAUGGAAUAUUAAUACAUUAGAACCGUUUGGGAUUUUUUAUGAUGAAAAAGCGACAGAAUUGACAGAGUUAACUAAAUGUGUUCUGGAAAAGUUGUAUUCCGUUGAAUUUUAUGGUAUCAAAAAUCGUGCUGCAUUUUGGACUAAAUUACUUGAGAUUAAGGAAUGUCUGAUAGAAUCAACUAAAAAAUGUAUGAGUCCCUUCAAUGAAGAUCUUGAGUCUAUCAUAAUGUCACCUAAAAUUGAAGAAAUUGAGAACUGUUUAAUACAUGCAAGGAGAAACAUUAAAGAGGAAUUUAUGUCAAUGAGAAUUGGGUCUUCCUCAUCAGAAUUUCUAUCAAGGCACCUGUUUAGCCUGUGGUAUGCUGGGAUUACAGAGUUUAUUGAGUAUUACUCUGACUUCAUACAAGGACUGGUGUCUGGACAAAGAACUGGGGUGGAGGGUGCCUUUAUUCAGCUCCUAACACUCUUCAGCAAGAUACUCCUUUUGAACCCUGUGAGAGGAGAUGCUUGGCAGAAAACAGAAAUGAGGCUGAAUGGUGAAGACAUGACCAGUACUCCAGAUAUCAGAUACACAGUGCUGGGAGAACCUACACGGUUUACUACAUGUUCAUCUCUAAUUACAGGCACUGUGGGAGAGGUUAGUGUGAAUAUGUGGCCACAUUAUAAAAGUGAUAAUGUCGAUGACUUUUGUAUCAAAGACAAAAAGCUUCAAAGCCAGGCUGUUGAGAAUAUGUUAGGACAACAUGGAGGGGAGCUUUUAGUGGAAGUUAUGAACUCUGCUAUACCUAAUACAUCUGUAGGAAUAAUCUGUGUUCAGACCAAGAUCAUUUUCACUCGUUUGGAUUUGAGCACUGAACAUUGUAGAAAAUUAAGGAAUGCUGAUAAACUGGAAGAUACCAGAAGUAGAAUACUUUACUCAAGGCCUUACAACAUCUUAGUAAGAAAAGACAGAGAAGAAAUUUUAGAUACAAUGCUUCAACUUGGACUGCUAUGCAGAGUUAGAAGUUUAUAUUAUCAGGAGUAGUACAUAUAAUAUACACAUUUGUUAAUAAUGUUAAUGGAUGGUUUAACAUGAAAAGUACUGCAAGACAAGCUCUUUAGCACCUGAGCUUGAUCAAAUUGCCUGAGUUAUGAAUCCUGAAGUAAUAAUUAUUUACUUGUUAAUACAUACACAAGCUUUCAAAAAAUCAACAAAAUAAUGCUCUAUAAUUUAUUGUUAUAUAAUUUUAUUAUUCUCAAAUUCUUUUUACAUCCGUGAGAUAUGAUUUAUUAAAAAAUUAUCUGUUACUUUGUACAGUUUGUAAACU